AAGUACUGAUAUAGUGAAUUUUGAAAAACUCAGGAUUCUAUAUGAUUUUCUGCAGUUUUGGUUUUAAGAGGCAGUGUGAUAUUUCAAAAUAUACCUGUGGCAUUUCUACAAUUAUGACAUUUUUUGACCAUAGUUCCUCUUUAUUAAUAGAAUGAGAGGUCAUUUAACUGCUUUCACUGAGGGAAGAUAUUUAUUUUGAAGGUAGUGACAAAUAUACAAAGGCAUUAUGUCAGCCUAGAAAAAUUGUAUCUUACCAAUAAAGUGUAGAGUUGCCCUCCAUUACACGCCUUUUUGGGAUAACAAGGGAGCUAUGUUAAUUAGUGUUAUCCCCUCCCCCCACGGGACAUUUCCAAGUACCUCCUGACCCGUUUUCCAAACAGAGAGACGAGUUGUCAGACGGUCCCUAAAAAAGAAAACAGUCUCUAUUGUUCCAACACCCGCUCUGCUCUUGAGAGAUGCAGUGCCGCCUUUGGCCGCAGAGGGCGCUGCACGCAUGGCAGGCCGGGCUCCGCGGCCUUCACAUCUUUUUGUCUGAGAACUGGAUCCCUCUGCCGCUCUACAGUGUGUGCGAUAGCCUCGGAGCUGCGUCCGUAACACACUGUCAAACCACUCCAAACGAAUACAACCGCGACCAAAAGCAUUAAUUCAACACCUUCUGCCAUGGCGUUUCUAAUCUGUCGGUAAAUCGGUCGUAUUUGUGACUGUUCGUUGGAACUUAGUCCGGGGUUGAAUCGGGCUUGCUUUCUGUGUGCAUCAGUCUUUAUUAGCGAGCUGCCGCUCUUCUUGCUAUCAGCUAUUUCUUUAACUUUUUAAACACUCAGCUUCGCGAAUGACUGAGCGCCGGCGGAGUAUGGGAUCCUUGGUGUCUUAAGAAGCGACUGAAGUGGGGUUUAACCGUUUUUGCAUGCAAAAACAAUGGCAAAUUCGACGGGGAAAAAUCUACUAGAUCAGCGAAGGAAAGGACAGGCUUUCCUGGACGAGCUGCGGCAAUUCCACCAAAGCAGAGGAUCGCCGUUCAAGAAGAUUCCUAUCGUGGGUGGGAAAGAGCUGGAUCUGAAUGCUCUCUAUAUCAGAGUCGUCUCUUUAGGUGGAUUUGCAAAGGUCUCUGACAAAAACCAAUGGACUGAACUUGGAGAAGAGUUUAACUUUCCCAGGAGUUGUUCCAACGCUGCAUUUGCUUUAAAACAGUACUACCUUCGAUACUUGGAGAAGUAUGAGAAAGUCCAUCACUUCGGCGAGGAUGAUGAAGAAGCGCAGCCGGGGAAUCCCAAAGCCUUUCUUCCAAUCGGUGCAAUUCCCAACUCUUAUAACUACCAGCAACACAUUGUAUCAGACUAUCUCCGCCAAAGCUAUGGACUGUCUACGGAUUUCGUUCCACCGUGUGACUACAAUAAACUGGUGCUGUCUCUCCUCUCGGGCCUACCCAACGAAGUGGACUUUGCUGUUAAUGUUUGCACUCUGCUUUCCAACGAGAGCAAGCACGCCAUGCAGCUGGACAAGGACCCCAAACUGGUUACAUUGCUGCUGGCCCACGCCGGUGUCUUCGACGACUCGCUAGGCAGCUUCUCCGGGGUGUUUGGGACAGACUGGAAGGAGAAAACCUGCCGGGACUUUGUCAGGUUCUGGAAAGAGGUGGUGGAGGACGCUGAAGUCAGGGAGCUGAUCUGGGACAAGAGCAGCCCAGCACAAGAUGGUACAUCGUGUGAGGAGCGCUGGCAGAGCCUCUUCCACCCGCCGCGGAACCCCGGUAUCAGUGACAUGGAGGCCCAGCGGGUGCUGCAGAUUGCCGUUAUCCUGCGAAACCUCUCCUUCGAGGAGGCCAAUGUCAAGCUGCUGGCGGCCAACCGAACGUGCCUGCGCUUCCUUUUGCUCUGUGCCCACUGUAACCUCAUCUCACUCCGACAGCUCGGACUGGACACGUUGGGCAACGUGGCUGCCGAGCUCCAGCUGGAUCCUGUUGACUUUCGGACGACUCAUCUGAUCUUUCACACCAUCACCAAAUGCUUGAUGUCCAGGGACAGGUUCCUCAAAAUGAGAGCAAUGGAGAUCCUGGGCAACCUCAGCAAGGCGGAGGACAAUGGUGUACUAAUCUGUGAGUAUGUGGACCAGGACUCGUACAGGGAGGUAAUGAUGCUCCUCACCCUGCCUGACCUCAUGCUCCUCAUGGCCUCCUUGGAGGUGCUGUACCUGCUGGCCCAGCUCGGAGAGGUUCCCUGCAGCAAGAUCGCCUCUGUCGACCACAGCAUAGACCUGUUAGUGCGACUAGUAUCGGUGGACCUUCACACGUUUGGACCUGACGCCCUAACAGCGGUGCGGUUGAUCGAGCAUCAGGCCAACGCCGACCAGGCGGCCGAGGUCCGACCGCAGCUGGUAGAGCAGGUACCUGCAGCCGUGCAGGGACCAGCAGCACCGGUAACAAGGGUCCCGGUUCAGUCCGCUCAACCGCCACCUGGUAUUGUUGAACUAGAUGGGGAAAAAUUUACACUGCAGUGGCUAAACGCACACUUUGAGACAUACCCUGAGGGCUCCGUGUCACGGUCCGAAAUGUACUCGGAGUAUCUGGCCACAUGCAGUAAAAUGGGACGAAGCAACAUCUUGAACUCCACUGGCUUCCUCAAGUGUCUGCGGACUGUGUUCCCCAACCACACGAUGCGGCGGCAAGAGGAGCCCAAGGCCAACGGCCAGGUUCAUAUCCUUCUGGUAGGGCUAAGGCGAAGGUCAAUCCCCCUGCCCAUCCAGCUGUACUACCAGCAGCCUCAGCAGCAACAGCAGCAAAGUCCGGCAGCAGCUCCUCCACCUCCAGCAGCCCGACAUGAAGCACCUGGAGACCCUCAGGCCCCGCCUCCAGGCUUACCUCCUGGGCAUCCCAUUCUUGGACCCCAGUUUGUACGGGCCUCAGGCCCCAGCCUCAGCACCGGUGGUGCCGCCCCAUCCAUGGCCUUGACUGCACAGGAACCUCCCCAUGCAAGCCACCCGACUGUUUCUCGUCACUCGGUGCCCCCACAGGUGCCUCCACCAAAUCCUCUGGCAGCAGCGCAGCAGCAGCAGGUCCGACCUGGUCCCGUGGUCCAGAUCCCAACGUCGGCACCAGCCACCCAGAACCACAGCCCCCAGAACCCUGCCGCAUCACAUACAGCUCAGCAGCAACACUCCCCCAUGCUCCCCACAGGGACACCAGUUACGCUAUUUCAGCAGGUACCACAGGGCCACAUCCUCACCGCCAGGGUACAAGGUGUGUGCCCUCCCAUCACCCAGCAUCCUCCCCUGCCUCAAACCCCUCCCCUGUCUGGGCCUCAGGGUGGAGCUCCCCAGGUAGAACCUCAGUGUGUUGCUGCAGCAUCGGCACCCUCCUCCAUCCAGGUGGGUGGUGGUCAGUUAAGCAUCGCGGGCGUGCCCAAUUCCCAGGGGUCACGCGUUGCGUUUCAGAACAUCGCUCCCAAACCAGCGCCAAACCAGUCAGGUGGACCAGCAGCCACGAUAGCCACUCCCAACCAGCAGCCUCAGCAGCAGGCGCAGAGUGUAGUAAUAGUUAGCCCCAACCCCCAGCAGAGCCCGGCCUACACCCCUGCCAUACACCAGAUUGUUCUUGCCAACCCCUCCGCCAUUCCCGGUGCCCAGACUAUCCAGAUAGCAGGGCAGCCUGGAGCUGCUUCCAGCCCCUGCCCGCCUCCUGCCUCUCACUCCACUACCCAGGUCCAGCCCAAUCAAACUGUCAGCCACGCACUGUCCAUGAAACGGCAUCAACAGCAGCAACACCAACAGCAGCAUCAACAACAGCCGCCGCUCCAAAUUAUUUCCCAGCCUCCUCCCUCUCAGCCUACCUCCACUGAGUCCAGCUUGAUCAAACAGCUACUGCUUCCAAUGCGAGGGCCUUCCACGCCGGGAGGAAAGCUCAUCCUACCCGCUCCACAGGUGCCCCCUCCCAACAGCACGAUAGCCCCUAGUCCACAGGUCAUCUACCAGGCAGGCUACAGCACCCAGAAUCCCUCUCCUCAGCCUCAGCAGCUCAAUGUCCAGCUGGUUCCUGGCCAGCUUCCUGCUGCAGGAGCUCCAGCCCUCCAAGCGGUCCAGCUCUUGCCAGGUCAGCUCAUUUCCACGAGUAGCCCAGGGGCAGCUACCAUCAUCCAGGGCCCCACGGCAACUGGGCAAGUCACAUUUACCGUGGUCCCCAACACUGGCUUCACCACCUCUACUGCUGCUGUUGCUGCUGUCAGCCAGGGCGCUGUGGCUCCUGUCGUCGCUUCUCCUCCAUUCUCUACUGGAACGGUGCCCCACCACACCCCAUCAGCUCCACCACCACCACCGCCGCCACCACUGCCAGCUCCACUCAGAGGAGACAAGAUCAUCUGUCAGAAGGAGGAGGAGGCGAAGGACGCCACAGGGCUGCACAUCCACGAGAGGAAGAUAGAGGUGAUGGAGAACUCCUCUUUGGAAGAGGGAGACUCCGCCAACGGCAAAACCAGUAACGGUGAUGUUGCGGCUGGUGCCAAGCUGCUUAAUGGUCGGAAGUGCAUGGAGUCUAAUCUACCUCCAUACCACUCAGGGAACAGCCAGGGGGCACUAAAUGGCCCGGCUAUGGAGAGUCACCCUGCUAAUGGGAAGCAGGCCCUCUCUCCCAGCCUGAACACCCCCCUGGAGGGAAACCCCGACCCAAAAAAGACUUUAGUCAACGGAGUGUGUGACUUUGAUCGGGGUGACAGUGGUGGCAACUUUAACAAAAACAUUCCAAAUCACAUUGCUUCCAAACAGUACUUGGGGAAUGGGGAGGUUGGCCCCUCUGAGAAGAGCCACGGCUCAGACCCCCUUCUCCCUAGUCCUCCUCCCCCCCAGCAGGACACUGCCAAAGCCCAGCAGGCCGAGCGCCUGGCCAACGGACCCCAGGCAGUAGGCAAUAGGCUUCCCUCGGAAUUAACCAAUGGACCUUUGGGGCCGGGCCACGCUGUGCUAAGACAGCAACUGCUCCCCAACUCCUCCCUCCCCUCCACUGUUACUCUUACCUCCCAGAGUCUUGCUGCCUCUCCUGCAAACGGAGUGGCCUCUGAGGCUCGAGGCCUCAAGAGGCCAGCUGAGAACGAGGACCGCAGCACGGUGGCAGCAUCCUCGGGGAUCCCCAAUAAAGUGGGAGUGCGGAUCAUCACCAUUAGUGACCCCAACAACGCAGGCAGCAGUGCCACUAUGGUGGCGGUGCCAGCAGGAACAGACCCAAGCACAGUAGCCAAAGUAGCAAUAGAGAACGCCACUCAGCAGAGGAACUGCUCGCCCACAGAGGCAGCUGGCUCAACGCCAACGGUAACCCCAUCCCCGCCCCCUACAUCCCAGCCUGCACCAGCGGGUAACCACAACCCUCACCUCCCAGCACAGCAAACCUCCGCAGCACCACCGGAGCAGAGCAGGAAAGCAGGGCAGAACUUCAAGUGUCUGUGGCAGUCCUGUAAACGGUGGUUUGAAACGCCAUCUCAGGUGUUUUACCACGCAGCAACGCAACACGGUGGAAAGGAUGCAUAUGGAGGCCAGUGUCUGUGGGAGGGAUGUGAACCUUUUCCCCGGCAGAGACUGUCCUUCAUCACGCAUCUACAGGAUAAGCACUGUUCUCGAGAGGCUUUGCUGGCUGGACUCAAAUUAGAGGAGCAGCAGGCACAAAGUCCCAAUCAGACUUCUUCCCAGACUCCACCAGUGGCAGGCAGUACUCCGGCACCGCGAGCGCCGAAAGCAAUCGUCAAUCAUCCGAGCGCAGCUCUCAUGGCCCUACGCAGAGGCUCUCGAAACCUGGUCUUCAGGGACUUCACUGAUGAGAAAGAGGGACCAGUGACCAAACACAUACGACUAACUGCUGCCUUAACGUUAAAGAACAUCGCCAAGCACUCUGACUGUGGUCGCAUGUUGGUAAAGAGGCAUGAGACGCACCUCUCUGUGCUUGCGCUAAGUAACAUGGAGGUUUCCACCACGCUCGCCAAAUGCCUUUAUGAACUGACGCGCUCGCUCCAGGCUUAACGCCAAAAGGUCAACCUCUACAAAACCCCCUCACCCACCACCCCCAUCCCUCUCCUGAGACGAGAGGAAAAAGCCACCGGUGAGCCGUAGCGGGUCCACAGGGGGGAGCAGAGGGGCGGGGAAACCACAACGAAGACCCUCCUUCUGCCGCGCCUGCCACCCCUCCCAACCCCCUCUCAUCCCUCACCUCCUUCCUCGCCAACCUGUGUUCCAAGCGCCCCCUCCAUCCACACACACACACAAAAAAAACUGCCACGGGGUCUUCCACCAGCUGCCCAGCAGGGGGAGCUCUUUACGACUGCUUCCCCAAGGGACUCCACCGACGAAACCCCAAACACGAGCACAUUUUGUUUAAGUUCUUUUGUUAUUUUUUUUAUUUUUCUCUUCGUCCCGUGAACUGAUGUGUGGGUUGGAGUGAAUGGCUGUCGACUGACGAGUACGGAUGGGCAGGGAGGAGGGGAGGGGGCGGGGCUACCAAGGUGUCCCUGGGUUGGGUGGAGGAGGACUCAGCUGGCAACUGGCGCAGAGAAUUUUUUUUCUUUAGAAACUUGGUAGCUUGGUUUUCUUACUUGAGUCAAUAUAUUUUCACUUAUUUAUUAUUGAAAUGAAUACCAUUACAAUUAAUGAAAAAGAAUCUUGUAAAUAUGUUGUGAAUAUAUAUAAAGAAGAUCCUCUUUCAUGCCGAUGCAGCCACUGGAGAACUUGCUCUGUGGAGUAAUAGAAGCAUUACUUUGGUAGGAUUGAAUAAAGUAGUAUGUUUUUUUGUUGGUUUUGUUUUUUUGCUUUUUUAUGAUCCCUGGUCACUUGUAUCUAAUGUGAUUCUAUACUCAGCAGUGGAUGAAUGUACUUAAAAACCUGUAAAUAAUUCUGCAAAGGUACUGAUGCUGUAAAGCUUAGGGAGGGGGAAAAACAGUUUUUUGUGGAACUGUGACAUUUUUUGUAUUAUAAUACCUUGUAGAACUCAUUUUGCUGGCUGAAAGAGUAUGGAAUAAUAUAUCUCAUGUCAUUUUGUAGAAGAAAAAAAAAUAUUGAAGGUAUUCUCUUUCCUUCCUCUUCCCUCACACACCCUCCCCUCAACACGCACACACACAAGUAACAUAUAUCCACUGUAAGCGUUUUGUCAUUGUACGGGCACAGUGCGCGUACCAAAAUUCUUUUGUAUUUGUAAAUUGGUUUAAAUACAUGGAGUUUUUAUACAGGUUUUCUCCUGUGUUCUUUGCUUUACGUGCAGGUAUGAUAUUUUCUUCACUACUUUUUUCUAUCUUAAUAUAGUGUGGAGUUUUAUUGUACUAUUUUUUCAUUCUUAAUACCAUGCCACAUUCCGGCUCACGUCCUCGGACUGUCCUCUCUACCGUGUGUUGUGUAACAUUUAUGACUGCCUGUCGUAUUAGCAUCUGACCAGGGCAACCCAACCAUCCUCAUUUCUGCGGUGUCAGUAGGAUGUGUGACUAUACAUAGACCUAACAGUCUGUUAGAGAUUGGCUUUAUUUACUUUGGUGACUGUUUAUAGUUUUUAAAUAAAACACUGAACAUUU